CUUGAAAGAGAGACGGUAACCUCAGUUGAACCGAAAACCCGAACGAAACGCGUGUCUCACGAUAUUGAUAAAGUGUAUAAACAACGGGUAUUUUGUUUUGCUGUAUUAUUUUACGUUCGGUUUACUUAUCGUUAAAAUAAAUUAUUACUUCCCUCUGUAAAACCCUUGAUAAAUCUUAUUAAUUGCUUCAUUCUACUGUAAUAGACUGUGAUAACUUACGACUUACUUAAGACGACUUGCUGCAUUGCUCCACAAGAGACAGAGAAAGAGAAAGAAAGGAUGGCGCUCAAGCUGAUACUACUCACGAUUGGGCUCUGCACUUUGCAGUUAUGUUCCGGCUACAGCUUGGCUCAGAAAGGCGACUGGACCAACAAGAAGGCGGAGAUUUACUUCCUGCUGGACACCUCGUACAGUGUGUGGAUCGUGGACUACAACAAGCUGCUCAAGUUCGUGGCCAGUCUGGUCGAGGACAUGGACAUCCGACCCGAGGCCACUCGAGUGGGCGUGGGCAUCUUCUCAGAGCAACACACUUUGUACAUUCCCAUAGACGACCACAGGUCCAAGUCCGCACUGCAGGGAGCCAUCAUGGAGGCGCCUUGUAUUCGCGGAAACACUUAUAUUUCCAGGGCGCUACAAGGCAUGAUGCAGGAGGGUCUGGGUCCCUCCAAGACCAGGACAGGCGUCCCGAAGAUGACCGUGCUCAUUACAGACGGCAUGUCCAGGCACAAACAGCUGACACAGGACAACGCCACACUGGCCAAGAAGGAAGGCGUGUACCUGUUCACCCUGGGCAUCGGCUACGGCGUGGACAGUAAAGAACUGCUGUCCAUUGCCAGUGACCCCAAGUCCAACUUUAACUAUCACGUGGCUGACUACAACCACCUGGCAGACAUAAAGGCCAAACUGUCCCAGCAGAUGUCGGAAGCUGUUCGUGAUUUGCCUGGGUGACAGUAAAAACAAAAACUUCAUCACGAGCCUCGCCACUUCAGCCAAGCACGCCCUGUUUUACAACGACGUGGACGAGUUGGUCACUCCCAAUGGCCGGGACUUUUUUCGUCACAAAUUUUGUGAAAGAUUGUAAUACAACACUACCAGUUCCACAACCACAAACAACGGCUGCAACGUCGUCACAAGACAGGCCCGCUCUAUCUCUACUUUUACUGACGUUUGCGUCUCUGGCUGGAUACACUCUUGCAAAAAUCCUGGCUCUAUCCAGUCAACUUUACUGACAGCAGCCUACCAUUCUAAAAGAAGAAUAAUUGUGCCGUAAAUCUAAAGCAAAGAUUAAAGAUUGAUGUGUUGUUUGUUGAUAGCACACACUAUCAGCUGUCUACUGUAGCCAACUCACAACUCACAGUGUGUAGUGAAAUCUGGCGCUUGUGAAAAUAAUGCAAUCGAACAAGUCGACAUUUUCUGCCCUCUGGUCAAUUUGUAUCGAUUUUUUUCCCCGCUGGAUUUUGCAGUAAAAACAUUGAUCAAACCCACAAAAGAAAUGUGCAUUAAUUGCAGUUUCAAAGGACGCACAAACUUUAGACGUCAUUCGGCGGUCAUUUUCCCACUUAUUUUACUUCUAACUCCAGGCGACCCCCACCUCCUUCAAUCACAAAUUAUAAUCUCGACCUCAAUAAAUUCAAGAUAGAUUGAUAUAAUUGUCGUCAAAACAAGACAAAUGAACAAGAUGAUAUGAAUAACUCCAUAAGCCCCAAAGUAAACAAGCGCCUGAUUCUGCUGUGUCAAGUCACCACAGGUACAUGUGGUGUAUGUAAACUCGACACACUACACGCACACAGUCAUAAUACAUUAACAUGUAAUUUGUGAACCAGUCUCUGGCUCUACCCGGAAGGCUGUCUGGUAACUUGCAUCGUUUGAGAUGCAACAAUGCAUUUCAGUAAGAA